GCCAAAGGUCCGAGGGGGACCUUUGGGCGUCUCCAUAGUCGCUCUGGUCCAAGCUCGCAUGCACUGGCUUGCAGAGCAGCUCGGCGGGGUGGGUUCCGCUUUCGUCGGCGCGUACCUCGGCGCCUCCGCCACGGGCACCCACUGCUCGUGCCAUUUCGAGUCCAGCCCCGUGGACGAGGGGCUCCUGACCAUCCUGCGGGCGCAGCUGGACCGCUGCGGGCCCGAGCGGCUGCACGCCGCGGCGGCGCCUGUGUGCGCCCAGCCGGUGGGCGGCUUCCUGGUGGCGGCUGGCCUCGGGCUGCUGCUGGGCGUGAGCCUCACCCUGGGAGCGCUGGCCGCGCUCCGCCCGCAGGCCCCGGCCGCGGCCCAGCCUGCGGCCGCCGGUCGCGGCCCGGUGCGUGGCAAUGUGUACGGCUUCGACCCGCUCACGGCCGACCAGCGGGACGACCUCUUCCUGCGGGGCGGGCAGCUCGCCCGGGUGUUGGGCCACCAGCCUGGCAACGUGGCGGCUGCCGCCGACCGCCAGUGGCGGGUCUCGGACACAGGCCACGAGAAGUUCAACGAGGUGGUCGCGGACGGGAGCAUGUUGGGGGAUCGUGCGGUCGUGAAGGGCGAUACCGGGCUGUACUGUAUCGACGAGGGCGCCAGCGAGUGGGUGUCCGUCCAGCGUGUGCGGGUCCAGGACCACGACGCCUGGCUGGAGAAGAAGCGCAGCGGCCCAGGUCGGGACCUGCGCAUUCUUCCUGUGCACCGCGACGCGGGUGGCAAGAGAGUGAUGCUGCUCCGCGAGUCCAUCAACCUCUUCCGCGAGCCGAAGUUCCCAGACUGGCCGUUCGAAGGACCCUCGGCCGCCAAGGAGGUCUUGGGCGACGUGGCGGCGGCGGGGCUGGAGCUCCAUCUGUACCCGACGUGGUGGGAGAGCAAGAGCGGGGUGAACCCAGCGGGCAGCGUGGCGCGGGAGGUGCGCCUGGCCUUCGACUACCUGAGGAUGCUCCAAGCAUACGACCAGACGAACAUGGUGUCCCUGGCGGCGGUGGAGCUGAUCUGUCGCCGCAUCGUCGUCUGCCAGAAGGCCGUGCGACGGAACCCGAAGGCGCCAGACUUCACCGGCCUCGAGCGCUUCGUGCUGUCCAACUUCGACGAGUCAGGGGGGCUCAAGACGACGGAGUUCGACAAGUACAUGGCGGAGCAGCAGAAGGCCAGCGCCGUGGUGCUCAAGAGCAUGCGGCAGGACGUCGAGGAGCAGGAGAACGAGAAGAAGAGGCAGGCCGGCCGCCAGCAGGGCGGCGGCAAGACGGCGGGCGACGAGCCCUCAGCAGCAGCCCUCGUGUCCGACGCGGUGGCGGCGCUGAACGGCCUGGCGUCGGCGCGGAUCGGCCGACCACUGCAGGCGCGGCGGUCGCGGCCAGCAGAGCGAGAGGUCACGUCGGCUCAGCAGUCGAUCCUUGACCGUGUCGUGGAGCGGGUAGACGACCAGUUUCCUGCCCCUCCAGAUGCUAGUUUUUCCUCGGCGCUUCCGGACCUCCUGAAGUGCGCGGACAUGUACUUGACGAGCGAGUCCUCCAGCCGGGUCCCCAUCCAGCUGGAGCGGCUCAAGAUUUUGCAGAACAGCACGAUGCCCAAGGAAGCUUUGGAUGUGGUCGGCGCGGACGCCCGCAAGCUGCUGACGGACCCCUGGCGUUACAUCGAGCGGCGGGCCGGCGACGUGGAGGCGGACGGUCCACCUCCUCGACCAUACACCGACCCCAGACUUCGGUUCAGCCGCAAGCUGAUGAAGGAGCUCGUGCUCACCCUCCACCGGGGCAACCUCGUGGUCUUCCGGCCCUCGGUGAAGGCUUUCAUCGGCCUCUUCACGGUUGUCAAGAAGGACGGCUGGUGGCAGCGGCUUAUCGUCGACGCCCGCGUGCCGAACCAUUGGCACCGGCGGCCGCCGCACUCGUACCUGGCGACGCCGGGGGCGGCCUCCGCUCUCGACCUGAGCGAUGCCGCGCUGGAGCCUGGGGCCGCUGGCUCGCUUGAGCUGUGCGGCGCCGCGGUCGACCUGCAGGGCGGGUUCUACCAGCUGAGCUUCAAGGUGAUGAGCGAUUGGUUCGGCAUCGACUGCCGGAUGACCGCCGCCGAGGCAGGGAUCACGCAGGUCUUCGACGUCGUGGACGGGGUCGGCACCUGGCUGCCCGUCGCGGCCAAGGCUCAGCUGCUCCGCGACGGGCAGCCCGCGCCCCGGCUGGCCAAGGGGCGCCCAGUCGCUGCGCCGUACGUGGACAAUGGGAACUUGUUGUGCUUCGACCGCGAGGACGCUGCCGUGUUCUACGCCUCGAUGGUGGCCGUCCUCAGCGAGCGGGGGUUCACGCUGCGGGACAACGUGGAGUGCGAUGCGAACCUCGACAUGGUGGGCUUCGAGCUGCAGGGCGCCAAGUUCGUCUGGAGGCAGCGGCGGUCUCGGUUCUGGCGUCUGUGGCACGCGCUGCGGCAGCUGGAGCUCCGAGGCGGCUGCACGGGGGAGGUGAUGCGCAUCAUCCUCGGCCACCUGGUCAACUUCUUCAUGCUCUCGCGGCCCGCCCUCAGCGUGCUGUCGCGGCUGUGCGUUUUUAGCACUGAGAACCUCGGGCGCUACCGACGGUUUGACGGCCAUGUUCGAGGGGAGCUGGUCACCUGCCGCGGCUUGUUAGCCCUCGUUCGCAGUCGACUGCGGCCGCACCACUACCCAGUCGCCUUUUGCUCGGACGCCUCGACGCGGGGCUACGCGAUCCACAGUGGGCAGAUCGACCCCCAACUGCUGUACGACGUCUGCCGCUGGCGAGAGCGCUGGCGAUUCGCCGUCGCGGAGGAGGACGAGGGGCCCGGCAUUGACGGGGCUCAGACCGGCCUGGACGCCGACUUCCGCGAGCUGGGCGCUGACCUGGACAUCGAGGACGGCGACUGGGAUCGGAGGGGCGACCGCGCGGCUCCUGCGCGGCGCGCCCCGCGGGUCAGCAGCCUGGUGCCUGCCGACGCCCUGCGGGCUGCCGAGCCCGGCCUCCCGCACCCCAGGGUCACGGGGAUCGUGCCCGCGCUGCCGGACACGCUGGUGGCGCCGACGCGCUGGCGGCGGCUUCUGGUUGGCGCCUGGCAGCGCCGCGAGGCGAUCCACAUGAAGGAGGCGAGGAUCGCGCUGGUGGGGCUGUACCACGCCGUCCGGGAUCCUGCCAGCCACGGAGGCGUGGUCUUGUCGCUGGGCGAUAACCUCUCGGAGGUCCUCGCCACCGAGCGGGGCCGGGCGCAUGACCCCGCCCUCAACUCAGUGUGCCGCCGGGCAGCGGCGGUCGAGCUCGGGGCCGAGGUGAGGUGGGUGCGCCGCUACGUAGAGACGGACCGCAACCCCACGGACUCGGACUCCAGGCUCGCGGAGCAGGGGAUCCUGGCGCCGGGCGAGUCGCUGCGCGGGGGUCGCCUUGCCGCCCGGCUGGGGCGCCUGCGCGCGGGCGCGUGCCGCCCCGACCGCGUGCCCGAGGGCGCCCCGUGCGCCACCGCGGGCUCAGCGGCGGCGCCGGCGCCUCCUGCGGGCCCCCGGCGCCGGCCACUGUGGCCUGGUGCACGGGGGCCGCCGCGCCGGCGCGACCGCGCUGGGGUGCUGGAGAUCUUCGGCGGGAGCUGCAGGUUCUCUGGCGCGUGCGCGGCGGCUGGCCUCCGCAUCCUGCGCCCUGUCGAUGUCUCGGCCGGGCCGCACUUCAACGUUCUUUGCAUCGCUGUCCAGCAAAAGAUACUGCAUUGGAUUUCUCACGGAUAUGUCUGUCAUGUACACAUUGCUACCCCGUGUGCCCGCUGGAGUGUAGCCAACACGACUGGGGCCCCAGACUCGGAAGGCUCGAGAGCAGGCCUUGGGUGCGCUGACUUCACGGUGCGGGUCCUCAGGAUGUGCCUUCGGUGUGGGGUCUCCGUGUCGCUCGAGAACCCUAGGUCUUCGAGGCUCCUGAAGUACCCGCCCCUCGUUAACAUCUUCGAGAAACUGGGCUGCGUGUCGUUCGAGUAUCACUGUUGUCGCUAUGGGGCUCCUUGCCUUAAGCCGACCGUGUUCGUGACGAACGUCCCGUCCUUGAGUGUCAUUGAGAGGGCCUGUGUGUGUACUGUACCCCAUGAACGUCUAGAAGGUAAAGUAAAGAUCCCAGAUGAGACAGGCAAGCUAGUUUGGAAAUGGAAGACCUCGUUGGCUGGCGCCUACCCUCCUGGCCUCUGCCGCGUCGCAGCCCGAGGGCUCAAGGAAGCUCUCGGGCCGGGUGCCCUCCGCCGGGAUGGCGAGCCGGCGCUCGACCCGCGCUGGGAACGCGAGCUGGCAGCGGCAGCGGGCCUCCCGCAGCCGAAGCCGCUCGAGGUCCCCUCGUGUCCACGGAGACGGGCCGUGGCCAAGACGGUGAAGGUGUCCCCCGGCGAGGAGGGCUACUUGAAGCAGAGGUCGGUGGGCGGGGCCACGCUGCGGCUGUACCAGCGGGAGUACGAGAUGCUCGUGGCCUGGUGGGAGGCACAGCGUCUCUCGACCGUGAGCACAGAGGCUCACGACGAGGCCCUGGAGCGCUACCUCGACAAGCUCUUCUUCGACGGGGAGCCCGCGAGCCGGGCCAACAACGUCGUCCACGCCCUGAUGUACCACAUCGACGAGGUCUGGGCGAAGACGCCGCACUUCCCCCGGACGCGGCGAGCCCUGCGUGGCUUCCGCAAAGCCUCGCAGACCAGGUCGCGGGAUGGGUGCCCGUGGGAGGCAGCGCUGGCCCUCGCCCACUGGAUGGGCCGCCAGCGAACGCCGUUCAUGGUGAACUCGGCGGCGCUCACCCUCGUGCUCUUCGACGGCUACCUGCGGGCCUCGGAGGGCCUCGGGCUGGGGCGGGACCAGCUCAUCCCGCCACAGGGCGGCCACGGCGCCAGGAGGUGCUGGGCCGCCAUGAUCUGCCCAGAAGAGGAGGGGCGCCCUACCAAGAGCGGCGACUUCGACGACACUAUCAUCUUCGGCGACACCUCGGAGGCUCGAAGGCCGCUGCUCACCAAGAUCCUGCAGGUGCUGCAUCGGACGACCGAGGCGGGCGCGCUGGUGUUCGACGGCCUCUCUCUGAGCUCGUACGAGCGGGUCUUCCGGCGCGGGACCCUGGAGCUCGGGCUCGAGAACCUGCGCCUCACCCCGCACUGCCUUCGACACGGCGGUGCGUCGACAGAUGGCCUGGACGACCUCCCGAUCGUGCAGAUCCAGAAGAGAGGCCGCUGGAAAAGUCUGGCAAGCUGCAAGCGCUACGAGAAAAAGGGCCGCCUCCUGAAGCAGCUCGACCGCCUGAAGGCGGUGCCAGGCGUCCACGGUGAGACCUCUUUGCGGUGGCUCCUCACGCAGUUCCCUCGGAUCCUUCAGAAUCAGCGCGUGAUGAACUAA